CUAAACUGCCACUUAAGUAUGUCGACUCUUAAAUCCUCUUUAAUCGGUCGUUUUAGACGGCGAUCGCGCGGGCGGAAUUCUUCAACUCCCUGCACCCUUUGCCAGGAUUUGAAUGUUACUGCUGAUGAUACAUCCGCAGCACUAUGCAUAGAUCCAGUUCUCCUCCAGUCUUCCCAAAAAGCGUGCACAGGAUGUCAGAUCAUCUUCAAAGCCGUUCAAAUCGCAAAUAGCCAACGUAGAAGUAUAGAAGCAAUCCAAGUGCAACGAAACGAUCCACUUCAAAUCACCAUUCAAUUCCCCUCAGAUAUUACGGAAAUCGAGGUGCACCUUCAAGGAACGCCUUGGAAAGCAAUUCACGUAGCAGACGCGGCGUUUGAACCUGAUCUUCCCGGGCUCCAGAACUCGAUUCAACGCAUCAAAACAUGGCUUGAGGAAUGUCACACACACCACUCUAAAUGCGGAUCUUCUCUCGACCGCCCCUUGCCCACCCGCGUAAUAGAUGUCGGGUCUUCAUCCCGUGCGCCACGCCUCUAUGUCUCUCGUCAAAAGGAAAUUGGACGGUAUGCAACACUCAGUCAUCGCUGGGGACCACCAACGCUUGGAUUUAAAAGGCUCGUCACUACGCGGAAGAAUUUCAAAGCGCAUUGUUCCUCGAUCCCUCUAAACAGGUUCCCCAAAACAUUCCGCGAGGCCAUCGAGGUUGUACGAGGGCUUGGAUUGCAGUACCUCUGGAUCGACUCUUUGUGUAUUACCCAAGGUGAUGAGGAAGAUUGGGAGCAUGAGGCUAGCCGAAUGGCGGAUGUGUAUUCAAACGCUUAUAUUACACUUGCGGCGGAUGCCGCGUCGCAUUCACAUUGCGGGCUUUUUAUCACCAAGGCUACCGAUUUGACCAAAUUAGAACUUGGAGGCCAUCAAAACCAGGAAUCGAACAGUAUGGUAUCGAUAAAAUUCACUUCAACUGACGGUAAUAAUACCGACACCGAGACCAAGUCUAAGAACAGCACGCACGACACAGCAAAAAUCCUCAACACAUGCUAUGCGACCGAAAACUACAGCGAACUACACACCCGCGCCUGGGUACUGCAAGAACUUGUCCUCUCGACGCGAAUAAUCCGUUUCGGGAAUGCCGAGCUCCUCUGGGAAUGCCUGGAAUCUUCCGUCUGCCAAUGCGGCCAUCCAUCUGCCUCCUUCCACAACAAAACAUCUCCGAAAAAGCUCUUCGCAUACGUGCUUUCUGAUCCAGAGGAUCACGUAUCUUGGACGUCGUUUGUUGCAAAUUAUACGGAGUGUGAGUUGACGUAUGGGAAAGACAGACUACCUGCGUUGGCGGGUGUUGUUAGUCGCGUGUCAAGUUCUGCAGAAACAGAUUAUAUUGCCGGGAUGUGGCGGACGCGGUUGCCGCAGGAUUUGCUGUGGUACAAUGCGCGCGGGGGAUCAAAUCCGGGGGUUAUUGCUACAGUUAGUGAGAUCGACGAUCCAAGAAGCCCUGGUGUUGGUGAGCUGCAAAAAACCAUCGCGGUGCGGAUCCGCGAUCAUUCGACAGCGUCGAAACGCUUGCCAAAUACAUACGCGCCAUCUUGGUCUUGGGCUUCGGUACUCGCGCCGGUGAGGUGGGCGUCAACGAGAGGUUCGGCGACGCCUGUUGAUUGGCACGUCGUGGAUGUGACAAUGGAGGGGGCGUCGAAUCCAUACGGUCCUGUUGCAGAAGCCAAGCUAGAGCUCAAAGGAUACGUUCUCCCUGCGACCGUCGAGCAUAUAUCAGACCAUUGCAUAGUCAAGGCUUCAAUCUGGCCGGGCUAUAAUGACGAGGACCAUUUGAUCGUGGUCUCAACAGAACAAGCAAAUAUUUUCUCCGCGUGGCUAUAUCUCGAUGCCGGGAUUGGCGGGGUUGAAUGGCGCAGCGAAAACUUCGAUUAUUUCCUCUUUCCCAUGAAGAUGGAGGGUGAAUAUGAUUGGUCUCCUCGCUUGGGGGUUGCCAUGGUGUUGAGAAAGCUGAAGGAGAAUACGGAGCCUUUGUACAUGCGGGUCGGGCUGGCGGAUAUAUAUAAGUGGAGGGAUAAAGAUUGGAAGACUGAAAAUGAGAAGGUGACAAUUUAUGUAAUAUAGUGAGUCCGGGUUGGAUAAUGCGUUGUCGCAUGCUUUGGAAUAUAAAUAGGAUGGCUUGGAUUGGUUGAACUUCUUGCUAGAAUCAGGGAGGAUCCUAGAAGGAUGCCGUUCCAUGUCUGGAUUUAGAUCCAUCUCGGAACGCUCAUUGCAGGAGAAUAUCUUCAAUCUCAUAAGCUGGAUCUGCGAAGGCUUGCCCAUCCAUGAAGCCAUCUAAAUAGCAAUCUCCAAUAAGACGAAACACUCCCCUCUCAGAUUGAGGACGCAGUAUAAAUGGUACAUUACUACCAUGAAGAACCC